AGGGGCCGCGAGCGCGGCCAUGUCGUCUCUGUCGCGUGCUCAGAGCUGGCCGCUGCUAUCUGGAGCGGCUCCUGCUGAAGAUGCCCGGAAUAUCAAGGCCAAGUCGUCGCAGCAUUUUCAAUGUCGCCCACAGAUACAAGCCCGCAGGCUGUUAUGUCGGCACUAUUACCCGGAAGGGGGCUGGGGUUGGGUGGUCGCCGUGUGCGCCGUCCUGGUCCAUAUCGUCAACCACGGAUUUCAGAUAUCCUGCUCGCAACUGGUCUCUCCUGCCGCCUUCAAGUUUCACGUGCCGAAAUCUUAUCCAGCAGGAGCUGUCUUUGUCAUCCCCUGA